AUGGUAAACCCAGCUCUUUUCCAAAACCUCAAGGGCAUCUCGUUAUCGCUUGGAGACGUUACCCUAAAACAACCUACUUCUUGGGGCUUUGUGGUCUAUCGAUGCUCGUAUAAUAACGAGGAUGCCUGGCAGGCAAUUCUUCAACAAUUACGCGAUAAGAUAGCCAGGUCUCUAGAAUUAGAGGAGAGAGAGGAUCUACUACCUCGCCAUGAGAUGAUUCUUAUGGACGAUAGAGCAAAAUUUAAUGGUGCCACAUCUCACGAUAUUCGCGACCAUUUUACGUCCUGGGUAUCUGAUACACUGCCGGAUAUCCUGGUUACUCCACCAACUGUGGUCACUCCAACAACUGAGUCUGAACGGCAGUUGACACCCGUGAAUCAUCCUCAUAGCGAGCAAUCGAGUGACUUUGGUACACGGUAUAAUUUUUGCCUUUUUGCCGAUGAUAUCUGCUUAGAGUCCAUCGAGCAUAUGAAGGCGCCAGUUAUAAAGUUACUAGCAAGAGAUUUUGGUGUACGAGGCCCUGCAGAAAGAGACUACAUUAUACACCCUGAUUAUGAGGAUGGUGAAACAGAUAACGAAGAGGAAGAUGUUGGGUGGAUGUAUCUCGAAGUUCUCGAUUAUGUUAAUGUGUAUGAUACAUUGGAGGAGGAUGAUUGGUGGUAUGAACUAUACCGGAGACCACCCUUGCUACCUUAUGACUCUAUCGCGGACCAAAACCCAGGCUUCUGGCGCAAUGACUAG